AUGACUCUAUCGCAUGACCUAUCUCAACGAGAAGUAAAAGGGGCUAAGUACUACGAAAACGGUACCAAGAACGGUACCUCGUCUACGACGACCGACAUUCAAAUCUUCACACGCGAUGGCCAAGAAUUCACCGAAGUCAAGGAAGGUCUAGGUCGCAUCCUAGUUCCUUUCUCAGCUAAAGAUGGCAAAGACAAAAAACUGAGCGACGUCGAAGAACAACAAAAAGUCUUUUACAACCCUAUCCAGCAGUUCAACCGCGACCUGACCGUUCUUGCCAUCAAAGCAUAUGGCCAAGAAGCUCUAGCUAAGAGACGAUCAGCCAACGCGGAUAAGGUUGCCAAGAGGAAACGCGACAAGCUGGACACGGGCAGUGGCAGACCGAAUAAGCAAGAGAAAGUGACUGAGAUGGAGAGCACUGCCUCUGUGACACAACCAAGUGAAGGCAACGCAGCUCCCUUGGAUGCUACGAACGACCAACCAACAGCUCCUGAAGAACAAACUCGGAAAGAAAACACCGACUUGCCCUCUCGCGACUUACCUAGUACCGAUCAACCCCCGAAAUCCUCGCAACCUACCGAAGGGCCAGAGGCAACGUCUCAGGAAACGGGACAAGGCGACCCACUCUCUGGCCCUAGAUUUACCAUUCUCGAUGCUCUAUCCGCUACCGGACUUCGAGCUCUACGAUAUGCCCAAGAGCUACCGUUUGUCACCUCAGUCACCGCUAAUGAUCUCAGCCCAUCUGCUGUAGAUGCCAUCAAGAAAAAUGCCGAGCACAAUGGUGUUGACGGCAAAGUGAACGCAACAUUAGGAGAUGCUCGUGCGCACAUGUAUUCGUUGCAAACCCACGAUAUCAGUGAUGAGCAGACCAAGAACAACAAACAACAUAAUAAGAAGAACAUACCCAAACCGAACAAAAAAUACGACGUAAUUGACCUCGAUCCUUAUGGAACUGCGGCUCCCUUUUUUGACGCAGCACUGAAUGCUGUAAGGGACGACGGUGGCCUGCUGUGUGUCACCUGCACGGACUCUGGGAUUUGGGCUUCCAAUGGAUAUCCCGAGAAAACAUUUGCUCUCUAUGGCGGCGUCCCCGUAAAAGGCUUUUACUCUCACGAGGCUGGAUUACGUAUCAUACUCCAUGGUCUUGGAUCGGCGGCAGCGAGAUAUGGAUUAGCUAUUGAACCUCUUCUAAGCCUAUCGAUCGACUACUACGUCCGAAUCUUUGUCAAGGUCCGAAAAUCUCCUGCUCAGGUCAAAUUUCUGGCCGGGAAGACCAUGGUCACCUUUAACUGUGACCAAGGAUGCGGAGCCUGGGAAACUCAAUUCUUGGUUCGCAACAAGAAGGCUUAUAACAAGUCUGGAAAGGGCAUGUUUUACAAGCAUGGACUAGCUAUGGCACCCACCGCAGACCGAUCUUGCCAGGAGUGUGGCUCCAAGAUGCAUCUCGCUGGCCCAAUGUAUGGCGGACCGUUACAUUCCCCUGACUUCAUCAACAAGAUAUUGGCCGACCUUCCUAACGAGCCUGAUGAUAUCUACGGUACGAAACCGCGAAUAGAAGGUAUGCUGACGACCGCUCUUGAGGAGCUCAUCCCACCUCCUGAAGAUGAUCUGCAAAGUGCCAAGGAUGAUGAGCUUGCAGCGAUUGACCCGUAUCCGUUCUUUUUUCAUCCGGCAGCUCUCUCUGGUGUGGUACAUUGCAUAUGUCCCGACGAAGAUAGCUUCAGGGGUGCUCUGCGCCAUCUAGGCUAUCAAGUCGUCCGCAGCCAUUGCAAGCCUGGUAGUCUCAAGACCAACGCGCCGUGGUCUGUCAUUUGGCAUAUCAUGCGAGAGUGGGUUCGCCAGAAGAGUCCAGUGAAUGUUGAAAAGAUUACGGAAAUGAGCCCAGCAUAUACCCUACUCAGACUAGGCAAGAGGGAUGAGAGUUCGGAGGAGGCUAGUAAGGACAAGGUCGAGUUAAAAGAAGUCGUUUUCGACAAGAAACUUGGGCGAGAUCUUUCCAAGAAAGGUCUCGUCAGAUAUCAGACGAAUCCUAGAGAAAAUUGGGGUCCUGUGACUAGGGCGAAAGGAAAUUGA